AUGGCAGUGGCUCUGGAUGAAGUGUGGGGGCGGGUGAAGAAUGUCUGCAAGCAGAACGGACUGCUCAUCCUGUCCGUGCUGGCCGUGGUCAUUGGCUGCCUGCUGGGCUUCUUCCUCAGAGGCAAGCAGCUCUCCGAGCAGGAGGUGAAGUACUUCCAGUUUCCCGGAGAGCUGCUGAUGAGGAUGUUGAAAAUGUUGAUUUUGCCCCUCGUCGUAUCCAGUUUGAUGUCAGGUCUGGCUGCCUUGGACGCCAAGUGCUCCAGCCGCCUGGGCAUCAUGACCAUCUCCUACUACCUCUGGACCACCUUUGUGGCCGUGGUGGUGGGCAUCGUCAUGGUAUACAUCAUCCACCCAGGUGGAGCCGCUCAGAAGGAGGAUUCUGAUGAAAGCAAGAAGCCGAUGACCAGCUCUGCUGACGCUCUGCUGGAUCUCAUCCGCAACAUGUUUCCAGCCAAUCUGGUUCAAGCUACUUUCCAACAGUAUCGAACCCAGAGAGUCCCGGAGCUCAUCCCCAAACCAACGGUGGCUCAGCUCCUAGAUGAGAUCACCACACGCAGGGUCUACAUCUACGGCAUCCAAGAUGACAAUGGCACAGAUGUCCAGAAUUUCUCCCUGGAUCUCACGCCCCCACCUGACGUCAUCAUGAAAACCUCCCCCGGUACCAGCGAAGGCAUGAAUGUGCUGGGGAUUGUCAUUUUUUCCGCUACCAUGGGAAUCAUGUUAGGAAGAAUGGGACCCAAUGGAAGUGCUUUGGUUAACUUCUGCCAGAGUGUGAAUGAGGCAGUUUUGAAGAUUGUUGCCAUUGUCAUCUGGUAUUUCCCUUUUGGGAUUGUGUUUCUGGUUGCCGGUAAGAUCUUGGAGAUGGACGACCCUUCGGCCAUGGGAAAGAAGCUGGGUUUUUACGCCAUUACGGUCGUAAUGGGUUUGGUGCUGCACGGUUUAUUCAUCCUCCCGGCCAUGUACUUCUUCAUCACUAAGAAGAGCCCCAUCGUUUACAUCAGAGGCAUUUUGCAGGCCCUACUCAUCUCCUUGGCCACGUCCUCCAGCUCUGCCACACUGCCUAUCACCUUCAAGUGCCUCCUUGAGAACAACCACAUCGACAGACGCAUCAUCCGCUUCGUGCUGCCUGUCGGCGCCACCAUCAAUAUGGACGGCACCGCACUCUACGAGGCCGUGGCAGCCAUCUUCAUCGCCCAAGUGAAUAAUUAUGAGCUUGACUUUGGACAGAUAAUCACCAUCAGCAUCACUGCCACUGCGGCCAGCAUCGGUGCGGCAGGAAUCCCACAGGCUGGACUCGUAACCAUGGUGAUUGUGCUGACCUCUGUGGGUCUGCCCACUGAUGACAUCACUCUCAUCAUUGCUGUUGAUUGGGCUUUGGAUCGAUUCCGGACCAUGGUCAAUGUGAUGGGUGACGCCCUGGCCACAGGCAUUAUGGCUCAUAUCUGCAGAAAAGAUUUUGUCAAAGAAGGGGAACAGGUGCCUCUGAUCUGUGAAACUAAGCCCAUGAUAAGCAUCCAGCAGAUGAUGACAUACCAGAAUCAGAAGAAUGGCUGCUACCAGCCGCCUCCACCGGGCAGCAGGCCGGACCACCUCUCCCCAGAUGUGGCUCGCCUGAUGCAGCUGGAGGAAGGCAUCCGGCCUCUAGAGAAGAAGAAACACUCUCACUCCUCUCACCACAAGAGAGAGCACAAGGACAAGGAUCACUGUUCCAUUGAUAUGAACGGGCUGGAGACUAAUGUAUAA